AUGGCCUACGUUCUGCUGUGCCUCGUCCGCGGCGUCCCGCUGUUCGCGCACCCGCUGCCGGCGUACACGGGCCGCUACGACGUCGGCGCCGUGGACAUUGAGGUCCCGCUCGACAAGCCGCGGCUCGUCACCGAGGCCGUCUUCAAGGACAGCGGCGAGCCGGCCUUUGAGCACAAGACGACGCUCUUCACCGUGUACUACCCCGUCGACAAGGGCGCCCGCGAGCACAAGCGCAGGCACGACUGGAUCGCGCGGCCCAUCAGCCUGACGGCCGAGGGCUACGCCAAGUUUGCCGGCGUCAACAACUUCAUCGUGCGGCCCAUCUUCACGUUUGCCCUGUGGCUCAUCGCGGGCGGCAUCACCAUCCCCGCCAAGGUCGACGUCCCUUUACUAGACGCCCCCGAGCAGCCGCCCUUCCCCGUCAUGGUCUUCUCCCACGGCGACGCCAGCUCCAGGACCGACUACACCAACUUCGUCGGCGAAAUGGCCAGCAGGGGCUACGUCGUGGCUGCCGUGGAGCACCGCGACGGCAGCGGACCGGGAUCCCUGAUGCGCAUCAAAGGCGAGCCCGACAGGCGGAUCCUGCACUUCGAGGACGGAGAGCUCGAGUCCGUCCCGCCCAUGGACAGGGCCAAGUUCAAGUACGACCAGCUCGCCUUCCGCGACGCCGAGAUCCUGCACACCGUCGCCGUCCUGCGCGCCAUCAACGAGGGGCAGGGCGAGGACGUGUACCGCCUCAACUCGCGCCACGAGGGCGCCCACCUGCGCGACUGGGCGGGCCGCCUCGACCUCGGCAACCUCACCAUCGGCGGCCACUCGUUCGGCGCGACGGGCGCCCUGCAGGCCCUCAAGCACGCGCCCUCGGACGUCAACCCGGCCGUCGGCGGCAUCAUCUUCGACCCGGGCAAGCAGAGCGGGCCGCUCAACGCCGUCAUCGACGUGCCCCUCCUCAUCGUCCACUCAAAUACCUGGUCCAAGCACGAGAGCGCCUUCUACGGCCGCCCGCACUUCGACACCGUCAAGGAGCUCGCCCUCGGCGUCCUCCGCCGCAUCCCCAGCCACGCCUCCUGGUUCCUCACCAGCAUCGGCACGUCCCACCCCAGCGUCUCCGACGCGCCCCUCCUCGAGCCCUUGCUGCUCAGCUGGACGACGGGGUCCUCGCUCAACACCAAGGAGGCCAUGAAGGAGUACGUUCGCGUGGCGGAUGAUUUCUGGCACUUUUUGCGCACCAGCCGCGACACCAAUACU